AUGCCUGCCCUCGUCCCCCUCCCUGAGAGUCCCGCCGCCCGCGCUGUCGCCGUCGUACAACUAUAUGCCCACCCCCGCGAUCAGGCUCUCCUCCUUGCUCUCCUGAAGUACGCCCCUAAUGAAAAGGGCCGGGCCAAUAUUGCACACAAAAUCAUACAUGCUGGCGACUUCCACCACACCGAUGGCGACAGUCGUUGCUUAGGACAAGUCGCAGACUUUUUCUGGCGCAAUGUCAUCUUGCCAGUGCGUGUGACUGGGGGGAUGACUCCUGAACCAAGGAGCAGGCUUUCUCAUAGUGGCCUGAGCUCGGCGGAUCAAGUCUGCUCUCCAGCGGAGGCAGAGGCGAUCAAUGACCUGAAAAGCGUCAUGGAAUCUGCGUCAGGCCGGGAUAGGCACAUGUGCGUGAUCUCAGGGAAGCUCGAUCCCGAGGUCAUUGCGAACGGCUCCGGCGCGUUCCCUAUCCCGGCUUGCGGCCUGGAAGUGACCCGCGUUGCACAUAUUAUCCCCUUCUCGCUGCGGACCAGCACUGGCACUCACUCCGGUCACCUCCCGUCCAUCUGGUCUGCGCUGGAGUGCUUCGGCGGCGUCGACCUCGGCAGCCUGAUGCACGGUGGCAUCAGUUCCCUCGACAACGUCAUCACCCUCUCUGCGACCGUGCACCGAUACUUCACCGAGCUCCAGGUCGCGCUGGAACCCCUCCCGGACACCCCGGGCACCUACAUGGUCCGCACCUGGGGCAAGGUCGCGCCGCGUCUGGGUCUCCCGAAGACCGUGAAGCUUGCGAGCGGCACCGCGGGGGCUCCGCCGCCGAACCCGGCAUACCUUGCCCUGCACUGCGCGAUUUGCCGCGUCCUGUGGGCGUCCGCGCGCGCGGAGGAGCUCAAAGACGUGCUCGACGACCUCGAGGAGGUCGCGCUGCUCGCCGCGGACGGGAGCUCCGCGAAUCUCAUCAACAUCGCUAUCUACCGCUCACUCGCGUUCUCGCGCGCGGACUCGUAACACGGCCGAACCAGGCCAGCACCCGGCCUAGGCAAAGCCCGACAAAAAGGAACUGUAGAGCCUUCUAAUAUCUGUUGUCCUACCGUCUGUACCGCCCACCGCUCCUUGUCACCUCGCUCCUCGUCCCACUCCUUGUUUUGCUUUUGCACUCGCAUGUCUCCCUACUCCGUGUCCGCUACGCUUGUACACACAUCUUAUCCUUAAUUCAUUGCG